GACUAAUGAAUUUUUCACCAUCUGUAAAUGUUUUAUUAGUCUUCCCCUUUUUAAUCUUUUCUGUAUUAGAUAAGAAGUUAGUAUUAAGCAAAUAUAUACACUGUACAAAACUUUAUUUACUCACGUCGUGGCGUCUGGUAUUGGAAUGUUUUCUUUUUUCUUGCAAUUUUUUUCUUGACGAUGACCGAUUCUUUUUAAGGUGCUCUUCACGUCGAUGACGAUGAAGGGAGUAAAUUAUAUCAUAUAAAAUUUCGUUAGAAAUAGGAAAUAUAUUAUUAUUA